GUGAGUCCCGGACGGGUUGAACGUGGCUGUGUCCAGGAAAGAGGGAUGGCGGGGCUGCCGCGUCACUUUCGCAAGGUGAAGCCUUCAUCCACGACUUCCGCUCUCGCUGACGCGAGCGAGCGGGGCAAGGCGGGACCUCAUCGAGCCGAGAGGCGUUGAGUGAAGCCUGGAGACUUCCAGGCUCCAACAUCCACUCUGGCAUGUAGCGAAAAGUCCUCGUCUCCAUCGCUUGGGCUAUCUGCCCAGUAAGCACAUGAAAUGCCUCUAAUUCAGCUGCCAGAGAACGUCUCUCUGCUCGGACUCUUCUGUGACGUUUAGCUGGCAUCGUGGCGUGGUUUGCGUUCUCCCGUGGGUGCAGCGAAGAUGGACACAGCGUAAGACGUCCAGCAGCUGACCUUACCUAACCUUAAAGAGGAAGAGGAGGAACAUAUGAUCAGUCAGUCAGGAGAAGAGGGUUUUCUCGGGCCGCAUGAGGCUGAUCCCACCAAGUUGCCUCUGACUGGUGUCUCUGUGAAGACUGUAGACCAUGAAGACAAACCACGAGUUGACCACCUCUUAGGUCCUCUAUCAGAUAGUGACGGCGUAAUGUCACACUCCACUGAAGAUGGAGACGAGGACUACACCCAAGAACCUUUGAGCGGCAAUACAGACUUUGAGGGUGAUAUGAGGACUGACACAGACAGCAAACACCCUGAAUGCGCUGAAAAAAAGAAAGAUAAAAAACGUUUUACCUGCUCCGUUUGUGCGAAAUGUUUUUGUAGGAACGCCAAUCAUGUUCGACACAUGAGAACACACACAGGAGAAAAACCUUUCCGUUGCUCCGUUUGCAGCAACAGUUUUUCUCACAACACCACUCUGACUGCACACAUGCGAACGCACACAGGAGAAAAAUCAUUCGAUUGUUCAGUUUGCGGUGAACUGUUUUCUCACAAGAAAUACCUGAUACCUCACAUGAGAACGCACACAGGAGAAAAACCUUACAGUUGCUCAGUUUGCGGCAAAAGUUUUUCGCAGAAAUACGCGUUGACCGUUCACACGAGGACACACACAGGAGAAAAACCCUACACUUGCUCAGUUUGCUGCAAAACGUGUUCUCAGAAGGCUGCUUUGACCGCGCACAUGAGAACACACACGGGAGAGAAACCUUUUAUUUGUUCAGUCUGUGGUGACAAAUUCUCUCGGCGAUACAUACUGAAAUUACACAUGAGAAGACACACGGGCGAAAAACCUUUCACUUGCUCAGUUUGUGGGGAUAUAUUUUCUCGGAAGGACAGCCUGAAAAUACACAUGAUAAAACACACAGGAGAAAUACAUUUUGUUUGUCCAGUUUGUCAUACAUUUUAUCCUGAUAAGCAAAGUUUGACUGCACACGUGACAACACAUAACAGAGAAUAAAUGUUUUCCUGUCAAAAUUGUGCUCUAAGAUUGUCAAGUUGUUGAAGUUGUCUCUUGUGAAAAGUAGCCGUAGUAGUGAAGUGAAUUAUAUUUAUAUAGCGCUUUUUUUUUUUUACUGAUGACUUAAAGCGCUUUACUUAGUAAAACCCAUUAUCUAACUCAGUGGUUUUCAACCUUUUUUCAGUGAUGUACCCCCUGUGAACAUUAUUUUAAUUCAAGUACCCUCUAAUAAGAGCAAAGCAUUUUUGGUUGGAAAUAAAGAGAUAAAGAAGUAAAAUACAGCACUAUGUCAUCAGUUUCUGAUGUAUUAAAUUGUAUAACAGUGCAAAAUAUUGCUCAAUUGCAGUGGUCUUUCUUGAACUAUUUGGAAAAAAAGAUAUACAAAUAACUAAAAACUUGUUGAAAAAUAAACAAGUGAAUCAAUUAUAAAUAAAGAUUUCUACACAUAGAAGUAAUCAUCAACUUAAAGUUCCCUCUUUGGAGAUUGUAAUAGAGAUCCAUCUGGAUUCAUGAACUUAAUUCUAAACAUUUCUUCAAUAAAAAAGAAAUCUUUAACAUUAAUAUUUAUGGAACAUGUCUACAAAAAAUCUAGCUGCCACUUACACAUCUGUGAAGGCACCAUCAAUGCUGAAUGGUCCAUACAGGUUUUGGAGCAACAUAUGUUGUCAUCCAAGCAACGUUAUCAUGGACGCCCCUGCUUAUUUCACCAAAACAAUGCCGAGCCACGUGUUACAACAACAGCGUGGCUUCAUAGAAAAAGAGUGAGGGUACUUUCCUGGACCGCCUGCAGUCCAGACAUGUCUCCCAUGGAAAAUGUGUGGCGCAUAAUGAGGCGUAAAAUACGACAACAAGACCCCGGACUAUUGAACAACUUAAGCUGUACAUCAAGCAAGAAUGGUAAAGAAUUCCACUUUCAAAGCUUCAACAGUUAGUUUCCUUAGUUCCCAAACGUUUACUGAGUGUUGUUAAAAGAAAAGGUGAUGUAACACAGUGGUGAACAUGCCCUUUCCCAACUACUUUGGCACGUUUUGCAGCCAUGAAAUCCUAAGUCAAUUAUUAUUUGCAAAAAAAAAAAGUUUAGGAGUUUGAACAUCAAAUAUAUUGUCUUUGUAGUGCAUUCAAUUGAAUAUGGGUUGAAAAGGAUUUGCAAAUCAUUGUAUUCCGUUUAUCUGUACAUCUAACACAAUUUCCCAACUCAUAUGGAAACGGGGUUUGUACCUCCAGCUUUGUCCACAGCCUUCAACCAAGUUUUGAUAAGUAUUGUCUCACUUUUUUUAUUGAUUUCUUUGUUCCCUUUGAGAGAGUGAUUUUCUUUUGCUAAAGCUUUUCGGUCAAGUCUUUUUGUAUGAAUAUCAUAGUGCCUCGUCUUCCUUUUUUCUUCCUUCUGCAACGCUUUUAGUUUGCAGGCUUCUCAACACUAUCAUACUUUCUGUUUAUAGCUUCUUGACUCCUUUGCAUGAGUGAUUUACCUUUUUGUACAUAAUCAUAGAUUGUUGUUUUUUUGUUGUUAUUAAACUCGUAUAGAACUUUUGCUAUUGCCUCUUUCCUCCUUAUGGAGUGAUUUUCUCUGUAUUGCCUUAUGCCCUAUGAUACAUAUCCUUUGUUUCCUCGAAUAUAUCAUAGAUUUUGUAGCCACUUUGUUUGAAUGACUCUGUCCAGAAGAUAGCAAAGAAAACUAUCUAAAUAAAGUCUGAGUCAAUUGUCACUCUUCUGCACCUGAGUCCUCAUUUUCGCCAAGACCUGACAAGUUUUCUUGUCCAGUUUGUGCGAUAGGAUUGUCAAGUUGUGCAAGUGGAACGUCUCACGUGAUAAAUACUAGUAGUCACUUUGAUAUUGAUAAUCUGUUGUGUGUAUGAGUCCAGAUUCCCUCAAUAGUUCCAGGUUUGUGUGCCACUAAGAACAGACGCUACAUUAUUUUAAAUCAACUCUGAAACAAAUGGGAAGUGUUGACUAAGAAGUUCAGGCAGUCUGGUUGGUUGAUGACAACAUGGAUGGAGU